UAUAUUGUAGUUUGAAUUCCUUGCCUAUCCUGCUUCGGCAGCUCAUUUUCUUCAGCCCCCCGCCGCUAAAACCCUACUUUGGUCCCAAGUAGUAAGAAACAGUGCCAGGCAAGCGUAAAGCAAGAAACCUUCUCCUUCCGCCCUCGCCGGUCAUGGCUCUCAGCAACCCUAAACUCUCGAUCUACUCCACUAUCUCUUCUUCCUCAUCCUCCACCUCCACCUCCUUCCCGCCGCCGCGCUCCAUCUCCUUCUCAUUCCUCCUCUCCCCACGCCGCCGCCGCCGCUACCAUACUUCUGUUUUGCAGUCCGUAAAGCCUCGCCCUCUCCGCCUCUUUGCUCGCACCCGUGACAGGAACUCCGAUCCCCCGCCGCCGCCCCCUCACCGCCAUGGCUCCACCGGCAAGCGCACCGACAUCCAGAAGAUCAUGAUCCUUGGCGCCGGCCCCAUCGUCAUCGGCCAGGCUUGCGAGUUCGACUACUCCGGCACCCAAGCUUGUAAGGCCCUCCGCGACGAGGGUUAUGAAGUCGUGCUCAUCAAUUCCAAUCCGGCCACCAUCAUGACGGACCCCGGCCUCGCGAAUCGCACCUAUGUCGGCCCCAUGACCCCCGAGCUCGUGGAGCAGAUCAUCGCCGAAGAGCGCCCACAUGCGCUUCUCCCCACUAUGGGCGGCCAGACUGCUCUCAAUCUCGCGGUCGCCCUCCAUGAAUCCGGUGCUCUUGCUCGCUAUGAUGUUGAGCUCAUCGGCGCCAAGCUCGACGCCAUCCGCUGCGCAGAGGAUCGCGAUCUCUUCAAAAAGGCCAUGGCCUCCAUCGGCCUUAAGACCCCUCCUUCCGGUAUAGCUACGACCAUAGAGGAGUGCGCCUCCAUUGCGGACGAAAUCGGCGGGUUCCCUCUCAUCAUCCGCCCAGCGUUCACCUUGGGAGGCACCGGCGGUGGCAUUGCUUACAACCGCGAUGAAUUCGAGUCCAUAUGCCGCGCCGGACUUGCUGCCAGUAUGACAACUCAGGUACUCAUCGAAAAAUCCCUCCUCGGGUGGAAAGAAUACGAGCUCGAGGUCAUGCGCGAUCUUGCAGACAACGUCGUCAUUAUUUGUUCGAUUGAAAACAUCGAUCCGAUGGGGGUUCACACCGGCGACUCCAUUACCGUGGCACCUGCGCAGACGCUUACAGAUAAGGAGUACCAGAGGUUGAGGGAUUACUCGGUGGCUAUAAUUAGAAAGAUUGGUGUGGAGUGUGGGGGAUCUAACGUGCAAUUUGCAGUGAAUCCGGUGGAUGGGGAGGUGAUGGUGAUUGAGAUGAACCCUAGGGUUUCGAGAUCAUCCGCUCUCGCAUCUAAGGCUACUGGGUUUCCGAUUGCGAAGAUGGCUGCGAAGCUUUCAGUAGGAUAUACCCUUGAUCAGAUACCCAAUGAUAUCACGAAGAAGACGCCCGCCAGCUUUGAGCCCUCUAUUGAUUACGUGGUGACAAAGAUCCCACGCUUUGCUUUCGAGAAAUUCCCUGGUUCUCAGCCGAUACUGACCACCCAGAUGAAAUCUGUCGGCGAGGCAAUGGCUUUGGGGAGGACCUUCCAAGAGUCCUUCCAAAAGGCCGUUCGAUCUUUGGAAUCCGGUUACGCCGGCUGGGGCUGUGGGCCCCUCAAAGAACUUGACUGGGACUGGGAGCAGUUGAAGUACAGCCUUCGAGUUCCCAACCCUGAUCGAAUCCAUGCCAUUUAUGCGGCCAUGAAGAAAGGAAUGAGAGUCGAAGAAAUUCAUGAACUCAGCUUUAUUGACAAAUGGUUCCUCUCCCAGCUCAAAGAGCUUGUAGAUGUGGAAAAUUUUCUACUUUCCACAAGUUUAAAUCAACUUACAAAGGAUGAUUUUUAUGAGGUGAAGAGAAGGGGGUUCAGUGAUAAACAGAUUGCUUAUGCGACAAAUUCGGAUGAGAAAGAAGUACGAAAAAGACGAGUUUCUUAUGGCGUGCUCCCGGCAUAUAAGAGGGUAGAUACUUGCGCCGCCGAGUUUGAGGCAAAUACUCCAUACAUGUAUUCAUCCUACGAUUUUGAGUGCGAGUCGGCUCCGACUAAGAGGAAAAAGGUUUUGAUCUUGGGUGGUGGACCGAACAGGAUCGGCCAGGGGAUAGAAUUCGAUUACUGCUGCUGUCAUGCAUCAUUUGCUCUUCGUCAGGAUGGACAUGAAACGAUCAUGAUGAACUCGAAUCCAGAGACCGUCUCGACCGAUUACGACACAAGCGAUCGUCUCUACUUUGAACCCUUGACAGUGGAGGACGUCGCCAAUGUUCUCGAGAUCGAGCGGCCUGAUGGAAUUAUAGUGCAGUUCGGGGGCCAGACUCCUCUGAAGCUCGCCGUCCCCAUACAGCAUUAUCUGGAAGAGAACAAUUUGAUGUCCGCCAGCGGCGCCGGUCCAGUAAAAGUUUGGGGAACUUCGCCGGAUUCGAUUGAUGCCGCCGAGGAUCGAGAGAGAUUCAAUGCAAUCUUGAACGAGCUUCAGAUCGAGCAACCCAGAGGCGGGAUAGCGAAGAAUGCAACUGAUGCCUUAUCAAUCGCCUCCAAUAUAGGUUACCCCGUCGUCGUCCGGCCGUCAUAUGUCUUAGGUGGAAGGGCGAUGGAGAUUGUUUAUACCGACGAGAAGCUUGUUCAGUAUCUCGAGACCGCCGUCGAAGUUGAUCCCGAGCGACCGGUACUGAUCGAUAAGUACCUUUCAGAUGCUACUGAGAUUGAUGUGGAUGCAAUGGCGGAUUCUGAGGGGAAUGUGGUCAUUGGUGGUAUAAUGGAGCACAUAGAACAAGCCGGAAUCCAUUCUGGCGACUCGGCUUGUUCUCUUCCUACAAAAACCCUAUCGAGGAAUUCCCUCGACGUAAUCCGUUCAUGGACAACGAAACUCGCGAAAAGACUCGGAGUAUGUGGUCUCAUGAACUGCCAGUACGCCAUCACAGCCUCCGGCGAUGUCUAUCUUCUCGAGGCGAACCCUCGGGCCUCCCGCACGGUUCCCUUUGUUUCCAAAGCCAUUGGCCAUCCUCUAGCUAAAUAUGCUUCUCUGGUUAUGUCUGGAAAGAGCUUACAUGAUAUAGGAUUCACCAGUGAGGUGAUCCCGAAGCAUGUUUCGGUCAAGGAAGCCGUUCUUCCCUUCGAAAAAUUCCAAGGUUGCGACGUGCUUCUCGGGCCGGAGAUGCGCAGCACCGGAGAAGUCAUGGGAAUAGAUUUGGACUUCCAUGCCGCAUUCGCGAAGGCGCAAAUUGCUGCUGGUCAGAAGCUUCCUGUGGAUGAUAGCAAGAAGACAGUGUUCCUCAGCUUGAACGAUCUAACCAAGCCCCACCUUGCAUCCAUCGCUGGAGGAUUCUUACAACUAGGGUUCCGACUCGUCGCAACUUCCGGCACUGCUCGGGUGCUUGAGCUGGAGAACUUACCCGUGGAACGUGUUCUAAAGAUGCACGAGGGUCGACCCCAUGCUGGCGACAUGUUGUCCAAUGGUGAGAUAGACAUUAUGGUGAUAACCAGUUCCGGCGACGCCUUGGAUUCCAUAGAUGGAAGACAGCUGCGAAGAAUGGCACUGGCAUGUAAGAUUCCAUUAAUAACCACCGUCGCCGGAGCGCUGGCGACUGUGGAUGCACUGAGGAGCUUGAAGCUUAACCCAAUAAAGAUGCUGGCUUUGCAGGACUACUUCGAUUCGGCUGUAGAACAAGUUGGUUUGAGAGCUGCUUCCCCUGUUGUUUAGGUUUCAAUUUCUUGAGGUAAUUCUCAUCCCAUCUUCGAUUCAUCUUUCUCUUAGAACUUCCAUGAGCAGGCAUUUUGUUGUCAUCAUAGCAUAUUUGUUUUACUUUUUUCUCAUGCUGUUUUAUCAUUUUUGUUUUGAUGAUGAAUUGGUGGCUUGUUGGUCUUUUCCUUGUGUUGGGCUUAGGAUUUUCAGAGUAGAUUUAGGGUCGUAGAAUAAACAUUUCUUCGCUAAGCAAAUGAGUGGGAUUUGAUUAUCUUUUUAGACGAACAUGAAUAAUAGUUUGUUUGGUUAUGUUUGGCUUGAUAAGAGCUCGAUUAUGAUGCAUUUAUAUUUUAAGAUGUU